AUGAGCGACGAAUUCUCAUGGAGAUUCGAGAGUGCUCAACCGAACGAGAUCAUUCAAGUGUUGAAUGAAUCGUUUGGCGUCCCUGAUGACGAUAAAAGGUAUAGUACCAGUUGUUGUAUCUUCAACGCCAAACUCAAGGAAGGAGCCUCUGUUAUGGACCAUGUACUGUACAUGAUCGAGUUGAUAGAGCGCCUGAGCAAACUCGCCUUUUUCCUGCAUGAACAAUUGGAAAAGGACGCGAUUUUGAAUUCCUUGCCUGAUUCCUACCGAUUAUUCCUUACUCAUUAUAGAAUGACAAAGCCUGUACUCAACUUCCAUGAUCUUUUGGGGUUGUUGCAGAACUUUGAGAAGGAUAACCAGCUCAAGAAAGGGCCGGUUAAUGUGGGACUGCAGGUCAAUAAGAGAUUUGAGGAUAAUGAGAGGUUCCUGAAUGUUGGAGAUGGAAGGACUGUUCCAGUUCUAGCAUUGGAAGAUCUUUAG